GGAAUAGGGGGGGGCGGUGCAAUGCGGAAGCGGUGGCCCUGCCAGAGAGGAAGUGAGGCAGCCGCCUCAGGCAGCGGCACGAAGAAGCGCCCCUGGAGGUGGCGGAGGAGCCGUUCUGCCUCUGAUAAAGGAAAAAUGGCAUUCAGUAAAGGUUAUCGCAUCUAUCAUAAGCUAGAUCCACCGCCAUUCAGUGUGAUAGUAGAAGCCAGAAACAAGGAAGAAUGUCUCAUGUUCGAGUCUGGUGCUGUGGCUGUUCUCUCAUCUGCAGAGAAAGAGGCAAUCAAGAACAUGUACUCCAAGGUGAUGGAUGCAUAUGGACUGCUAGGUGUUUUGAGAUUAAAUCUUGGAGACACAUUGUUACAUUAUCUAGUUCUUGUCACAGGAUGUAUGUCUGUAGGAAAAAUCCAGGAAUCUGAAGUUUUUCGUGUUACUUCCACUGAUUUAAUAUCAUUACGAAUUGACCCAUCUGAUGAAGAACGCAUCUCUGAAGUCCGCAAAGUUUUGAAUUCAGGAAACUUUUAUUUUGCAUGGUCUUCUUCUGGGGUCAGUUUAGAUCUUAGUCUUAAUGCCCACCGUAGCAUGCAAGAACAAAGCACUGAUAACAGGUUCUUCUGGAAUCAAUCACUGCACCUUCAUCUUAAACACUAUGGAGUCAACUGUGAUGAAUGGCUGUUGCGUCUCAUGUGUGGCGGAGUGGAGAUCAGAACAAUUUAUGCAGCUCACAAGCAAGCAAAGGCUUGCAUCAUUUCACGGUUAAGCUGUGAACGAGCUGGGACCAGAUUUAAUGUUAGAGGAACAAAUGAUGAUGGUCAUGUGGCAAAUUUUGUUGAAACUGAACAGGUGAUAUUUCUAGAUGAAUGUGUGUCGUCCUUUAUACAAAUUCGUGGAUCUGUUCCAUUAUUUUGGGAGCAACCUGGCUUACAAGUUGGAUCUCAUCGUGUCAGAAUGUCAAGAGGAUUUGAAGCAAAUGCACCAGCGUUUGACAGGCACUUUCAUACCCUUAAAAAUCUAUAUGGCAAGCAAAUAAUUGUGAAUCUUCUUGGCUCAAAAGAAGGGGAGCAUAUGCUCAGCAAAGCAUUUCAGAGCCAUUUGAAAGCUUCUGAACAUGCUGAUGACAUCAAAAUGGUGAACUUUGACUAUCAUCAAAUGGUCAAGGGUGGAAAGGCAGAAAAACUACAUAGCGUUCUUAAACCACAGAUCCAGAAAUUCUUAGAGUGUGGAUUUUUUUACUUCGAUGGAAACGAAGUUCAAAGAACUCAAAGUGGUACUAUAAGAACAAACUGCUUGGAUUGUCUGGAUAGAACAAAUUCUGUGCAGGCAUUUGUUGGCUUAGAGAUGCUGUCAAAACAACUAGAAGUUUUAGGUUUAGCUGAAAAACCUCAAUUGGUUACUCGAUUCCAGGAAGUUUUUCGUUCCAUGUGGUCUGUUAAUGGUGACUCAGUCAGUAAAAUAUAUGCUGGAACUGGAGCUCUUGAAGGAAAAGCGAAGGCUGGAAAGCUGAAGGAUGGUGCACGUUCAGUGACCAGAACAAUUCAAAAUAAUUUUUUUGAUAGCUCAAAGCAGGAAGCUAUUGACGUUUUGUUGUUGGGAAAUACCCUAAAUAGUGAUUUAGCAGACAAAGCACGGGCUCUCUUAACCACCGGCAGUUUACGUGCAUCAGCAAAAAUACUGAAGAGUAUGUGUGAGAAUUUUUAUAAGUAUUCAAAGCCCAAAAAAAUUCGCAUUUGUGUUGGAACAUGGAACGUCAAUGGCGGAAAGCAGUUUCGAAGCAUUGCCUUUAGAAACCAGACUCUCACUGACUGGCUUUUAGAUGCACCAAAGGUAGCUGGCAUCAGUGAAUUCCAAGAUCGACGGAGUAAGCCGAUUGACAUCUUUGCUAUAGGAUUUGAGGAAAUGGUAGAGCUAAAUGCAGGAAACAUUGUGAGUGCCAGUACAACAAAUCAAAAAUUAUGGGCUGCUGAAUUGCAAAAGACCAUCUCCAGGGAUUGCAAAUAUGUUCUGCUGGCUUCAGAACAGUUGGUGGGUGUUUGCCUUUUUGUAUUCAUCAGACCUCAACAUGCACCAUUUAUCAGGGAUGUUGCCGUUGAUACUGUAAAGACUGGCAUGGGAGGAGCUACUGGUAAUAAGGGUGCAGUAGCAAUUCGAAUGCUGUUUCAUACUUCCAGCCUUUGCUUUGUAUGCAGUCACUUUGCUGCAGGACAGUCACAAGUCAAAGAGAGAAAUGAGGAUUUCAUGGAAAUAUGUCGAAAACUGAGCUUCCCAAUGGGAAGAAUGCUGUUUUCCCAUGACUAUGUAUUCUGGUGUGGUGAUUUCAAUUACCGUAUAGAUCUUCCUAAUGAGGAAGUAAAGGAACUAAUUCGGCAACAAAAUUGGGAUGCUCUCAUUGCAGGCGAUCAACUUGUUAAUCAGAAAAAUGCUGGACAGAUAUUUAGAGGCUUUCUAGAGGGAAAAAUAGCCUUUGCUCCUACAUACAAAUAUGACUUAUUUUCGGAUGACUAUGAUACCAGUGAAAAAUGCCGUACACCAGCCUGGACAGAUCGUGUACUGUGGAGGAGAAGAAAAUGGCCUUUUGACCGAUCAGCAGAAGACAUGGAUCUUCUUAACUCCAGUUUUCACGAUGAAAGUAAACAUAUUUACACAUGGAGUCCUGGAACUUUGUUGUAUUAUGGAAGGGCAGAGCUGAAAACAUCUGAUCAUAGGCCUGUUGUUGGGUUGAUUGAUAUAGAUAUCUUUGAAGUUGAUGCAGAGGAACGACACAAAAUUUACAAGGAAGUGAUUGCAGUGCAGGGACCACCUGAUGGUACUAUAAUGGUCUCUAUCAAAGGGUCUUCAACAGAAGAGAACUAUUUUGAUGAUGGCUUGAUUGAUGAACUUCUUCAAAAGUUUGCAACUUAUGGUGAAGUUAUACUCAUAAGAUUUGUAGAAGACAAAAUGUGGGUGACAUUCUUGGAAGGGAGCUCUGCUUUAAAUGUUCUUAACAUGAAUGGCAUUGAGCUGCUUGGGAGGACAAUCAAUAUUAAUUUGAAAAACCCAGAUUGGAUUAAGAGCUUGGAGGAAGAGAUGAGUCUGGAGAGAGUGAAUAUUGCCUUGCCUUCAUCAACCAGUUCCACUUUGCUUUGUGAAGAUGUGGAGGUUUCAGCAGACUAUGACGAUAUGGAAGGUGAUGUUGAUGAUUAUAGUGCUGAAGUAGAAGAAAUUCUUCCACAGCAUCUACAGCUAGCAGGAGGUUCUGGUCUUGGAGCCUCACCUGCCUCUUCACCUCGUUCAAGCCCUUGUCAGUCGCCUACAUUAUCAGAUGGGCCACCUCCAGCUCUUCCAUCAAGGCCAAGCAGAGCACCUAACAAGACUCCUGGACCACCUACAUCUUCUCAAGGUUCUCCAAUAGAUUUUCAACCAAUUGCCCAACAAAAAGAGUCUACCCAAAGUUUGGAACCCAAACGCCUGCCUCCACCUCGCCCCGGAGCACCUCCUGCUCGCCCUGCUCCACCACAGAGACCACCUCCACCAGCAGGAGGUAAAAGUCCUGCCCCUGUUAGAAAAGAAUUUGGAGGUCUUGGUGCUCCUCCCAGUCCUGGUGUAGCCAGGAGAGAAGAAGCUCAAAAAAGCCCUGGGCCACAAAGAAGAGACAUAGCUCAGAGUCAUUCACCAUCUCCAGCUGGACCUACAAGCAUAGGAACUAGACCGUGCAUCUCUGCACCUAAUGCAUUUCAGACUAUUCCUCCCCGAGCUGGAGUCAUUAGUGCACCACUAAGCCACGCCCGUCCCCCUGUGGGGAGACAAACACCUGAAGUCCAACCCAAGCCAGCAGAAUCACCAAGAGGAUCCCCUCUGCUUCCUGAACCACUUAAGCCACAGGCUGCCAUUCCUGUUCAUUCCACCACUCAGCAGCCCCCUGUCCUAAAGAUGCAGGAACCUCUUGUACCUAUGACAGUAACAUCUCAGACAGCUUCUCCACAAAACCUGGAAGCACCACCGCAGCCUCCCCCUCGUAGCAAAUCAUCCCAAAGCUUGCCUUCUGAACCCGUCCCUUCACAGAAACAAAUUAGAGCAAAUGGAGUUCAUGCCAUUCAGCUUGAAACACAGCUAAACAAUGAUCCUUUUGAAGAUCUGUCCUUUCAGCUGCUUUCUGCAUCCAAGAUUCAGUCAUCAGUCCGAAUGUCACCGGUUGUACCUUUAAACCAAAAGAAGCUGACAAAGUUGCCUUCUGCAACAGACAAUUUUAAUACUUCAAGUAACAUAAAUUGCAUGCCAGCAAUGCCACUUAUUCCAACAUAUAGUAAACAUGAAGAACGUAUGUGCAAUUCUCCAAAUCCAUUUGCUCCCAGACUAAACAGCACAAAUCCAUUCACCGAAGAAACUAUUACUGCUGGAAAUCCAUUUAGAACAGAAACCCAAGAAUCUGGAGCUACUUCACAUUGUUCAACAGAAGGACCUGCUGCUUAUCCUUUCCCACCUCUUCAUAAAAGCAAGGCCUCGUUUUAUGUUAAUGCAUUUGAAGACAAUUUCAGUUUGCAAAACACAUCUUCUAUAGUGAACAAUGUAAAGCCAAGAGGAUGGGUAACAUUUGAUGAAGAGGGUUGUGUGAUGAAGUUAAAGUCACCGGACAAUCACACUGAGUUAAAAAGAGCAAGUUCCAUGAAAGCAACUUCUUUUCCAAGUUCACUGGGCACUGAACAAAAUAUAUUUGGCUCAGGUUCUGCCAUUUACAAUGACUGGAACAGAAGCUCUGAUUCUUUCUGUCCUUUGCCAGCAAGACCCCCACCUGCACCUCCUGUACCGCCCAGGUCCAAUAGCACUAAAUCAACUGCAGGCCCUUCCCAGGUACCUAAGGUUUUAUCAACACAAGAUUUUACUGAAAGAUAAAUUCUUUAAACUUGUUUGCUAAGAGUAUUAUCUCCUAGAAUUGGGCAUUGAUGUAAUUCUGUGUGCAAUAGUUUUGUCAGAUGCACUGAACUUUAAAUAUGUCACUAUGUACAAAAUUUAAAGGUGUGUGUGUAUAUAUGGUAUUUCACAAAGCUAAUUCCACAUGUGAUUUUAUUAUGCCACUACUAAUAGGGCACAAUGCAGGGAAGUUUAUGCAUAUUUAAAUCCCAUUUUAACCCACAGGACUCAAGUUCAAAAUUAGAAGUUCCCAUCAAUUAAUUUAAAUACAACACAUGAGCACCGUUUUAUCCUUUUAGUGCACAUAAAUUUAUUUAUUACAAAAUAUUUUAAAUACUAUUUUAAAUACCCUCCUGACUGGUAGAACUUAGAGUCACUUCCAGUAGCCGAAAACUGGUAUAUUUAUAAGUAUUUACCAAAGAACUGCCAAAGUUUAAUUAAUGACUGUUUUCAAGGGUAAUGUUGGGGAAAUGUUAUAUACCAGAGGUUUAUGAAGAUUUGUAAUGGUGAAUUCCACAAAGAGUCGAAAGAUUUUUUAAAAAGUACACAGCAUAUAGUAAUAUAUUUUACCUGCAACUGCAUAUGUACUAUUGUUUUGCACACAUGGGAAAUAUUGUGGUCACUUAUAAUCCAGUUAUUCAACUUUUGCUUUGGAUACUACUAUUAAGGAACUUUCAUUUCAGAAAAAUAUGAAUCUUUGUUAUUAACUUGAAGAGCAGAAUUUCAUGACUCGAUACAAUGUAGUCAGUUUUGAUACAAAAAUCUGAAGUAAUCUGCUAUGUGGUCCAUGCAUUUCAGUUUUGUUUGCAUCCUCCCUUACUAUGUAUAGAAGUGCUUGUGUCUUAAAUUGGGCUUCAACAGAUAGUUUUUGUACUGUUCUGUAAAGCUUUUUAGAUGCAUCACUGUUCUCGCCACAGACAGAAGCUGUUAAUGCCACAUGUGAUGUUUAUGAAGGCUAAAUCUGUUACUGUUUGCACAAUGCUUUGUAAACUUGCAAAUGGUCCUGUCCCCCAUGGUUUUUGCAACAAAUGUCAUUUGUAGUAUUUUGGUGUCAUGAAGGAAACACUAGUGUUUUCAAUCAUACGUCAUUAGGCAAGCUAUAGAUUCUCUUAUACAUAUUGUCACAGCUAUUUAUAUUGAUUGCUUUUUUAAAAGCUUGUGGAAAAUCUUUUUUGAGAAGGGCCUCGCCAAACCUGUCUGUUCUUCUGUUGACUCUGUUAGCAAAGUCUCCGCCUUUUGGUAGCAUCUAAGUGAAGCACAGCUUUCCAUGGAGCAGCAAAAAUAAAAUUACAUUUCUAAAUUAUUUACUACUAUCCCAGCAUAUUUCUAUAAAUCAUCCCAGCUAGCAGUGCAUAACCAUUAUCUACAGUUGGAUAGAUAAGUAAAUACAGUGACUUCUGUAUUGUGCUUUUACAGUGAAGUUCAUUUAAAAGUACUCGUACAUCUUCAACAUCAGUGGUACUAUAACCUUUGUGCUUCAGUAUGUGAUUUAACUCGUUAAAACUCUGAUUAUUAACAUCUGUGUGAUAGUGCUUUGGAAUAAUCUUAUGUUAGCAAAGCAACUGUGUUCUGGAAAGUUAGUGCAAAUUACAGUUCAGUGAUAUGUAGACCUUGUUUAGAUUUUUAUUUUCAAUUAUUACAGUUUUUCUAUAACAUAUUUAAUAUACAAGCCCCCAUACACCUUCAAUAGAUUACAGAAUCUGGCAGCAAAGUACCACCAAAAUUGCAACAAAGUAUCUACAAGUAUAGGAUAAAUAGUUAACAAUCAUAAUAUAUUGCUAAAAGUAAUUUACUAGUGGCGUCAAAUUUACAAACUAUGUAAAAAAAAAAGCUAUAUCUUUCAUGGAGUGUGUUCCUGUGGCAAGUUGCUUUGUUAAUGUGUAACAAAUUAUUGCUUGUGGUACACAAUAUUUGACUAUAUCCAAUGCAAAAUGACAGUAUUAUCUCAGUGGUCUACAAUAUUCCAUACAUAUCCUGUGAAAUGUGGUGUUGCAUUAAUUAAAUAAAUAUAUCAAUCUUUCAGAAUAUAAUAUCAAUUCA